CCGCCGCGUGUCUUGUGUCGCCGCAGGCCGGCGCCCUGAGCGAUGGCGGAGAGCGUGGCGCGCGCGGGCUGCGCGCUGCUCAAGGCGCUGCUCCGCUUCGCCUUCAUGGUGGCCAACAACGCCGUGGCCAUCCCGUCCUACGUGCUCUACCUGCUGGCGCUGCAGCCGCUGCGCCUGCUGGACAGCGCGCGCUUCUGGCACCUCGAGGGCGUCCUCUUCAAGUGGCUCCUGGCCAUGGUGGCCUCCUGGGGCUGGUGGGCAGGAUACACAGUAGUGGAAUGGGGUGACGAUGUUAAAGCAGUAUCAGAAGAUGAAGCCGUGGUGCUGGUGAACCAUCAAGCAACAGGGGAUGUCUGCACUCUCAUGAUGUGCCUUCAGGAUAAAGGCACGGUUGUUCGUCACAUGAUGUGGCUGAUGGAUCAUAUUUUUAAGUAUACAAAUUUUGGCAUUGUCUCUCUCAUCCAUGGAGACUUCUUUAUAAGACAGGGAAGAGCACACCGUGACCAGCAGCUUGGGUUACUCAAGGAGCAUCUAGAAAAAUAUUACAGAAGCCGUAAUCGGAAAUGGAUUGUUUUAUUUCCAGAGGGUGGCUUUCUGAGGAAGAGGAGGGAAACGAGUCAGGCAUUUGCCAAGAAAAACAAUUUGCCAUUUCUUAAACAUGUCACCCUGCCAAGACUUGGGGCAACGGAAGUAAUUCUGAAAACACUUGUACCUAAGCAAGAAAAUGGAACUAUAGCAAGCGGAAACACUGUGAUAAAAGAGAGCAAAUCCAAAGGCCUGCAGUGGGUGAUAGACACAACCAUUGCGUAUCCCAAAGGUGAACCUAUAGACAUUCAAACCUGGAUCCUUGGCUACCGACAACCAACAGUUACACACGUACAUUACAGGGUUUUCCCAAUUAAGGAUGUACCUGCAGAGCCUGAGGCGCUUGCCCACUGGCUGUAUCAGCGCUUCAUUGAGAAGGAGGAUCUCCUGACACAUUUCUAUGAGACAGGAGCGUUUCCUCCACUGCAGGGCCAAACAAAAGCUGUUUCUCGAGCGAUGACCCUCAGUAAUUUGUGGCUAGUUGGCAUACAAUCAUUUGCGUUUUUGUCAGGUGGUAUGUGGUACUGCAUCUUCCAGUAUUUUUAUCAUUGCCUAUUUUAAAAGUUGAAUGGGACCUGAGGACACAGUGGGAAUCCGGGCUCUUGCCGAUGAGUAUCAUGUUGUAUGUGCAAAUGUGAAUAUACAAGCGUAAAGGAAAAUACUGGAUGGACUCGUACCUCUUGUUGGGGGAAUUUUAAAAGUGAAGAUCAGUAACAUAGUGACCUGAUGAUGUAUUAUUUUAAGAAUUGUCUGUAUUUUUAAAAGGUGUAUACUCUCACCCACACUUAAGCAAAUUCAGCAUUUGGACAAAAGGUGCAAUCGUACAACCGCCGUAGAAGAAUGUCUGCGACCAGAAAACCAUCACCACGAGUAUUCCUUGGCAUUGUAGUUAGAGCUCAGAAAAUUCAGCAACGUGUCUCAUCAGUAGUCUGUACAACACUUGUGUGGUAGAGGUUCCUCAUUUGCACAGACUCGUGCUUUAUUGCAGCUCGUUGUGCUGGAGUCACUAAAGAUGCUCUGCAGAGCGGCUGGCGGCGACGCUGCUGCUGCUGCUACCUGCUCAGCAGUGGUUGUGUUAGACACCGAUCCAAAAACAGGACCCAAAUGUGAUCCAGUGCCAGGUGGUUUCUGUGGGGAAUCAAGCACUGCAGUAUCGUUUUGUGAUUAAGAGUUAUCCACACGUGAUGAAUCAGCCCAUCCUUGCUGUGGUUUUACCAUCAGCUGUCUGAAUUCUGUGUGCUUAACAGUAUCCCGUGUUAUGAGGGAACUUGGAGAAAUACAAGGUCACUUGAUUUGUUUUCCCUUUUUGUGUUUAGAUUGCAUCUCACUGAUCACUAUCAUUUUGCAAAAUGCACUUUUAAAGAUGAAAACACAGUGAAGGAAAGAUGUACAGCUUAGGAUGUAGAGGAGAGCUUUUAUCUGUCACAAAUCUGAAGCCAGAAGGAUUCGAGCUGUUUCUGAAGGUCUGCUGGUGGUGCUGGUGAUUUUUAGCCACCUCUCUUUUUUGUAUACUGCAGUCGAACCGAGGUGACCUUUGAAUGGCUUAUGGAGGCCUUUUUCUCCCUUACUAGUUACAGCUGCACUAAAUAUGCUCGUAAGAGAGUUUGAAUAAUUCAAUGCCAACAAAUCUUCAUGUUUUGUUUAGGAGAAAAAAAAAGAAAAACUAUUUUCUUAAUAAAAUGGGUACAAUUGCUAGCAUAAAUCUGCAAAAAGUACGGUAAAUGCCCUGGAUAACUACAUGGAGGGCAGUAUUAGGUCUGGCACUGUACUGAAAUCAAAGUGGAAGAAGGAGUUGAAUUUAAAGGCAAACUGGAACAGAUGAGGCUUUCAGAUGUAACGUAUGAUGCUUUGGAAAGGAUGUCAGUGAUGUAUAUUCUCAUUUCUGGCAGGUCUAGCUGGCAUCAUGCCUCUGUGGUGACACAAAGGUUUGAGAGCUGUUCCUAAAAUAAAAUUAAUCUCUCUAAAUACAAGCGGGAUGGCCAGAACUCAGCUGUGGCUGCUGCAUUUUAUAUUCUAGUUUUAUUGGGAGUAAAGCCAGCCCUCAGUAGUUCUGGCUCUGCCUUGGCCCUAUCGAUCCUCCUGUGUCUCGUGCUGUAUGAAUGGCACCGGGUGCUACCCCAACACAAACCCAGCCUCUGCUCCCUGUGGAAGAGCAGGGAGCACAGCAGAAUCCGUACAAUUCGAAGCAGAUUUCCUGGGUUUCAUGCAAAAAUACCAAGGUAAAUGUUCCCCAGCCCCCAGAGCAGCAGUUUUAUCGUAGCUUCCUUGUGGGGAGGCCGAGGACGGCGCUCGCCUCCAGGCCCUCGUUUCUGGGAGAUGCCGUUUGGAAAGGCCGCCCCUUCCGAGCCAGGCCCAGCGCCCCCGGUGCAAGGCGAAGCCCCUGGGAGAGGAGGUAGGUGCCCAAAAGGGAGGCAGCCCUGGCUGCGUAGCGUGUUGCCUCAGGCUUCUGUUGAAUUGCAGCUGAAAGAAGGAAUGUAUUUAAUUUGCCACUUUACGGGGGGAUGUUGGGACAGUCAGGACCAUUGCCACCCACAUGGGUACUUAUUCCGACCCACGAUCGCACGAUAUGAGAGGGGAAGUUUAUAUAAGCAGAUUGCACAGGGGGAACUCGCAUCAGGAGGUUGUUCUUUAUAAACCCAGUAAACUCUGUGUAAGAGCAUAGUGUUUUUUUUUUUUUUCUUUUCAAAUGCAGUAUAUAUAUAUAUAUUUUUUUUCCAGUCGACUGCAGGCAUAGCGAGUGUUCACAUGCUGCCUAAGGAAGUGUUAGUACUGCGCAAUAAUGUUUCAAAUGAUGGUCUGAUUUAUCCGGUUGCUGUUCCCGUUGAGUUUGUUCCUUCGUUGUUCUUAACUAUUGCGAGGCACUGGUUGGCCAGCACUGAUGGGGGUUGUGACAGGGAGAGCAACGCGUGUCGGAGCAGCUCUUUCCCGCCCGCGCUGCCUUUGUGGCCCAGCUGUUGUUGAUGACGCUGGAAUGAAAACUGUUCGGAAAUCCAAAGUACCCAGGACAGUACUCCCAGCACGAACGUGGAUGCGACCUCUUGAAAGAGAAUUGGAUUUUUUUUAUUAUUAUUAUUUUUUAAUUAAGAACCUAAGAUGUCCUGCGUAUAGGAAAUUCUGCACUGCGUACCGUGUUGGUCAAGGCUGGAGCGUAGGAAGCUGGUUGGAAGCCCUGAAUUCCCAGGAGCUCCAGCGAGUUGUGCGGUUGGCCGGCGUUACAGCCGUCGUGGGCAUUUGGACGGAGCCGUCGGUGCGUUUGCUGUUCUCAACAGCUCAAAAUGCAUUUGAUGGAAAACGAUGCUAAUGAACCACAGUUGAUCACAAAAUGGUUGCCUAGUUAAUAUACCUUUGGAAUUAGGAGCAAUAUAAUGGAGGAGUGCAUAGAAAGAUACAGGAUGGGGAAAAAAACAGAGAAAUGUUACCUGCGAGCUGUUGCACACACCAGUGAGAAGGUCCGAGUUCGUGUGAAAAAGGCUGGUUCUCUGCCAGGGUUGCACACAACACCCCUAGGUUUGUGUUUGCUUCGUUGUUCGUACGUGAGUCGUUACGGCUGAAACAGUGGAAGUCUCAUAGUUUAGCAUUGCUGCUCUUUGAUUCCCAUUUUGUGAGGAAUCCUUGCCCAUUCACCAAGAACAGUGUUGGUUUCAGUUCCCUCUCUGUGCAUGUUCCUUAUGGAUUCUCUCAUUUUAUGCAUGGUUCUGUUGAGUGUUUCAGCAGUGGUGUGUCUUACAGGAGAGAUUUUUUUAAGUCAUCAGAUUUUGAGAAGCAAGACUUCCGUUUAUUUUGUUGAAUUAAAAAUAUAAGGACCGCUGUGGUACUGUUGAUUGUACACUUGUUUUGCAAAAAUUAUAAUUGUUUUUCUGCUGUUUGACAUUGCCAUAAAGUGCUGUUAACCUUUUCACCUGUUUGUAGAAGAUAAUACCAAUACCGAUCACUGUGUGUGACAGCAUUCAACUGCUCCUCUUUGCCUUGACAUAAAAUUUUGGGACCAAAGGU